GAGCAGCGAUCUAAAGAGGCACUUAUACUCCUAUGCCAGGAGCGGGAUAUUCCAACAAGUUCAAAGAACAAAGAUUUACUAAUACAAGCUCUUGUUGAAUAUGAUAACAGCCAAAUCACACCAGUUGAGGUCUCAGGAGAGAUGUCUGCAGCUGGGGGCAGCGAUUCAUCAGAAUCUGGGGAUCCCUUGGACUGUUAUUUGCAAACUGUUCUUAAACAUAUGGGCUCAGUGGAUGCAAGUUUGCGCAUGGAACUGAUUACAAAGUUUUAUGAAAGACAGGCUGCUGAACGACAAGCUGCUGUGGCUGAGAGACAGGCGUCUCUGGCAGCUGAGAGACAGGCUGCUGAACAACAGGCAGAGAGAGAGUAUCAGCUACAGCUUGCACGGUUGGAGAGAGGGAUGGUCUCACCUGUUGUUAGUGAACCUAGAGACCCCCCUGCUCCCAGAGUGCGUGCAGAGAAUUUUCCCACCCUGGAGAAAGAUGGAGAUGUGGAUGUAUUCCUGCGUAGCUUUGAGAAAGUUUGCAGACAGUUCCAGUUGCCAAGGGAGCAGUGGGCCAAGUACCUUACCCCUGGCCUGAAAGGUCCUGCACUGGAGGCGUUUGCUGAACUACCCCCAGAGUUUGAUCAGGACUAUGAUUCCAUUAAAGCUGCACUGCAAAGGAGAUACAAUCUCACUCCUGAGGUGUACCGAAAGAAAUUCCGUUCCCUGCAGAAAGGUUCAUCAGAGAGCUAUAUUACAGCUGUUGGGAACUUGAUGACAGCCUUUAAACAGUGGGUCAGAGGAUUAAAAGUUGCCACAAUGGAGGAACUGGAAGAUUUGAUGGUGAAGGAGCAAUUUAUGCAGCUGUGCCCAGCCGGAGUUCAAGAAUGGGUUUUAGAUCGGAAGCCCAUAACAGCAUUGGAAGCUGGCGAGCUGGCUGAUUUUUACACAGCUAACAGGUCUCCAGAGAAUGGGAGGAAAUCCUUUUCUAAAGGGGGAUCCACCUGUAAAGGAGCUGCUGCACGACCCCCCUUCACAAAACCUGCUGUGCCUUUAUCCAGUGUGUCUGCUCCCUCUGGGAAAGGAGGGGCGAGUGCUGCAUCUGGGCAGGGGGAUACCCGCAGAUGUUUUAUUUGCAACAAAGUGGGCCACAUCAGCUCCACUUGCCCAGAGAGGAUUAACUUGGGGCAAUCAGAUGGAGGGAGUAAUCCCUCAGAAGUACCAGCAUCUGUUUUGUUUGUUACCUGUCCAGAGGAAAACAACCAUGAGAACCUGCAACCUGUGACUGUUGGAGAUAAGGUAACCCUAGGGCUAAGGGACACAGGUGCAGAAGUGACUAUGGUGCAUCCAAAGCUAGUGAACUCUGAGAACAUUAUCCCUGGAAAGACUCUAGCAGUUAAAGGGAUUGGGGGAAUGAAACUUGCAGUGCCUAUGGCACGUAUAUAUCUUGAUUGGGGAGUGGGGAGAGGUUUAAGAAAUGUGGGGGUAUCUGAAAAUAUUCCUAAUGAUGUUUUACUGGGUACUGAUUUGGGUAGAUUGUUAUCUCUUUAUGUGCCUGACAAUGCUACAUGUGACCUAGUGACAUUAGUUGCAGACCCUUAUGUGGAAAGGGCUGUGUGUAAAAAUGCUCAGAGACAUUAUGACCAGGAGGGAGGACAGAGUGCAUGUGUGCGCAGGGCUGUGCCUGAACUGGGGGUGUCUGUGCUGAGAGGUGAAGCUGUACGAGGAGAUGCUGACUGGGGAGAACGACAGACAGACGGUGUGUGUCUUCCUGUACUUAAACCAGCAGUAUCGGCAGAAUUACCAUUAGCUGUUCAGGGAGAAACUGAUAGUGGAGAAAGGCCGAUAGACUGUGUGGGUCUGUCAGUGCCUGAACUGAGUUUACCUGUACAGGGAGGAGCUGUUUGUGAGAGAAGGCAGAUGAGGGGUGCAUGUCUGCCUGUGAUUGAAUCAGUGGAUUCUAUAGAAGGAGGUGAGAUUGACAGGGGAGAGAAUGACUGGGUGACUGGGCCGCUGGAUGAUGUGUGCCAGUCUCGGCCAGGGACAAUUCUGUACCCUGUGAAAAGACACAAUGGUUGUGAUAAAUGGCAGAAGGAAGAUGUGUGCUUGUCUGCACCAGUGUCAAAAGGAUACCAGAUUCUGUGUGAUUAUGCAAAGUGGCAGACUGACUGUGAGAGAGAGCAGGGGGGCAAACUAGCCCACUCUAGGACAGAAGCAGCAAAGCCACAGAUUUCAGACUGUGUGGGGGAGGAGGGUACAGGAUACUCUUUGAGGGGCCCCCAGAAUGAGUGUGAAAGAUUGUGGGUGACAGAGACCCCAGUAACCUCAGCUGUGACCUAUAAACAGACUGCACAGGCUAGGGGACAGAGACUGACACAGACUGCAGGCACAGGGGGGAGGAGUACAGAGAAGUGUAUUUACACAGCCCCACCGUGCCAUUCAGCAAAUACACUGAUAGAUGUGCAGCAUCAGUGUCCCCAGCAGUUAGAACCCACAGUGAGGAGAAUAUAUAACUAG